GACUCCCGCCAGCAGCCUGGUAAACCAUGGUGGAUUACUAUGAAGUUCUGGGCGUGCAGAGACAUGCGUCGGCUGAGGACAUUAAAAAGGCGUACCGGAAACUGGCACUGAAGUGGCAUCCAGAUAAAAACCCCGAGAAUAAAGAAGAAGCAGAGAGAAAAUUCAAACAAGUGGCUGAGGCGUAUGAGGUGUUAUCAGACGCUAAAAAACGAGACAUCUAUGACAAAUACGGCAAAGAAGGUUUAAAUGGUGGAGGUGGAGGCGGGGUCCCCUUUGACCGUCCGUUCGAGUUUGGCUUCACAUUCCGCAACCCGGAUGACGUCUUCAGGGAAUUUUUUGGUGGAAGGGACCCGUUUUCAUUCGACUUCUUCGAAGACCCGUUUGAGGACUUUUUUGGGAGUCGAAGAGGCCCCCAUGGAAGCAGGAGCCGAGGCGCCGGGUCAUUCUUCUCUGCCUUCGGUGGAUUUCCGUCCUUUGGAGGAGGGUUUUCUUCUCUGGACACAGGUUUCACCUCCUUCGGGUCGGCAGGCCACGGGGGCCUCACGUCCUUCUCCUCCACGACGUUUGGUGGUAGUGGGAUGGGCAGCUUCAAAUCUAUAUCAACGUCUACAAAAAUGGUGAAUGGCAGAAAAAUCACUACAAAGAGGAUCGUGGAGAACGGCGAGGAGCGGGUGGAGGUGGAGGAGAACGGCCGGCUGACGUCCCUGACGGUAAAUGGUGUGGCGGACGAGGCGGCCCUGCAGGAAGAGCGCCUGCGCAGAGGCCAGGGCGCGCUGCCCUCCCAGCCCGCUGGCAGCGGCGGCCCCUCGCCGAGGGGACACGGGCUCGCCGCGCUGCCCAAGCACCAGUCUCCGCCCGUCUGUGAAGAGGAGGAGGAGUCGGGCAGACCGCGGGCCUCCGGCAGCCCCUGGGACCCCUUCGUGCUCUCCGCAGGACUCAGAGAAGGCGGCAAGAGGAAGAAGCAGAAGCAGAAGGACGAGUCCAAGAAGAAGAAGGCGACCAGAGGCAAGCACUAGGCGGACCCCCCGCCGGUGCAGUAGUGCGUAGUGCGCACGCGUUAGGCAGCGGCACCUGCUCGGCCCCUGUCCCAACACCACCCCUUCUCGACUCGGGGACGCUGGUGACGCGUCUGUCAGCGUGGGGACGGCAGGAGACGGGAGUGGCGGUCGUGGGUGGCGGUGGCCCCGUGUGGAGCCCGCUGGCCCGUCCUCGCUUUCUCGGCACUAAAUCCAGCAGCGGCUCGAGGUGGCCCAGGACCCAGCUCCUCCUUUCCAACGGUGGGACGCGAGACAUCUGUCACGUCAGAGGGCGGCGGACGCGUGUGCUCACGGGGUGACGUCGCUCUCCUGGCGGGACAGUCCUGGGAGCCGGCGCCUCGCCGGGGCAGGGUGAGGGGGGACGCGUCCGCCUGGGGACGUCCCUCCAGGGCGGGGCCACGCCUCCCGGAGGGAGAGUCCUGGCCGCCCCCCUGGGGACCCGCGGGCCAGCCGCUCAGACCAGCCCCCCCUCCCAGGACCGCACUUCUCCUCUCCAAGCGGCCCGCGCUGGACUUGGAAUGCUGGUUAGUUUCUGCUAAUUUCCAUCCUUUUCUCUUGGACCCCUGGUUCUUCUCAGCACACAGGACCCUACGGAGUUCGGGCGGGAACUCCCUCCCUGCUCUUCGUUUGGGUCGGUCCGGGGCAGAGCAGCUGCGGUAUUCACACCCACUGACGGGAAUGAGGGCGCUGGAGUAGACGUUUCAGUUGUGAACAUUGGCUCCUCUACACACGUCCUUUGUUUUCCGAGCAUUUUCUCCUGUCCCGCUCCCUGCACUAUUUCUUUGCAUGAUCAAUUGCUUCCUGACCCUGUUUUUGCCGAUGCGACCCCGUGCCGUGCUAAGCUCUCCUGCAGGUCUUUCCUCCUCCUUAACACGAGGGCCUGUUCCCACCGCUCGGAGACAGGGCGCGGGCAGAGCUUUGACGUGGUGUGACAGUGCCCUGCGGCCGCAUCCUGGGCGGCGGGGGCGAGGAAGCCGGAGACGCGCAGCCUCUGUGAGUCUAGGAGGCCCGUUAGGAGAAGGGUGCUUGGCUAGGCGGGGAGGCGGUGUGGCCUGUCAGGCGGUGUGGCCUGGCAUGCACGGCUUACUGUGGAAGAUGUGCCCCCCAGAUCGUAGUGUAUCUUAAGUGCUACCCACAUAAAUAAAACGUGAGCGCUGUCUGGA